UAAAAAAAAUUAACUAAAGCAUAAAAUAUAUAUUUGUUUGUGUUUAUAAUAAUUAUUAGCAAGAAAGAAUGCAUUAAUCACGUUUCAGUCAUCAUUUAUGAGAUAGUAACUAAACUGUGAGGCUCGUACAUUAAAACAGGAAUUGUUAUAAUCUAGUUUUCAUGGUUGGAGAAUUCAUUUAUUUAUUUUUAAUUUAGGCUAUUUCGGCAUUAUAUUUACGAAUCCUUGGUCAAUUCUCCACAACUCCCUGUUUAUGGAAUCCGCCACAGUGACUUAUAAUGACUUCACAGUAAAAAAAAAAAAAUUAAAAAGAAGAAAAUCUCCUUUUUUUCCCAUUCCUCUUUUUCCACCUAAAAUUUCCAAUUCGAUAUUUACCUUAUUUUAGAUUAUUUUUUAAUAAAAUAUAGGUAGAUUUUUUUAAAUUAUUUAAUUUAUUUUUUUUAGCCAAAUAAAAAUUAAAAUUAAAUACGAAAAAUAUAUAUUCACUAAAAAAACCCAAGAAAAAUCAAACAAACCCCCCAGAAAUGUAUCCCUGGCAGAGAAAUGGUUAAUAGUAGAGAGGCGUCGAUCUAUCCAUGACAAACCCAGAACAGUCUUUAUUUGAGAGCUAAAAUCAGGCAUAAUGGAGGAAUCUUUGGACGCUUCCAGCUCCAAAUGCCAUUACAAGGUGCCUUGUGAUCUCCACUUCAAAAACCUACAUAAUAAUAUUUGGGUGAGACUUUUUGGGGGGUUAGUGUAAAGGUCGACACUGGCUCUCCAGCCUGUGUGUUAAUAACUCCUGUGUGUAUAUAGAUUCAGAGCAUUCAAAUUGACACCAUAUGUUAUCUUAUUAGAUGUCUAGUUGUACAAUACAAGGAGGCUAAUCAUGGCCACUGGGCAGAGAUCUACCGCUCUCCCAGGGGAAAUUAUAUAAUGAUUAAGGCUUAACCUUUUAAGUGAAAUUUUAGUUUUGCUUUUGUCAAUGUCAUUUUUAAGUUGAUAAAUAGUCUUCACCAAUGACAUUCCAAGAGAUAGGGAGACUGACAGCUCCCUACAGCAGCCACAUUGUAGCUAGAGACUCCGAAUAUUUAUUGAAAUGUGGACAAGCCUUUAAAGAUGUUUAAUGAGAGAAGAUUUACCCUCCAAUGUAAUCUGAAAAAAGGCAGCAAGGGAAAUAACCCUAUUCAAUAAACACACCGAUACAGAUAGAAAACAGCACGCAUUUAUUGGGUAAAAUAAACAUAGAUAGAAUUAGAGUUCUGUAAAAAAUAAAUCACAAGUUCCAAGUUUUGGGGAAAAAAGAAAAAAAGAGAGAGAGAGGGGGGGGGGUCACCUUGAAACUAGGGGUGUCAGGCUAACAUGAUAUAUUAUCAUAGCAAAUCUGCUAAAACCAAAAACAACACAUAAAAAAAAAAAAAAAUAAUAAUAUAAAGAAUGUAUAAACCAUAAUGUGAAUUGUAAAAAUAAAGUUAACGAGUGUCACUUUGUAUCCAUUUUCUGAUGACCUCUCCCACCCCAGCUUUGUGCCCAUCCUGCCCCCUAUAGCUCCAUCAUUUCUUUUUUCUUAUUUUAGUUUUUUUUUCCUUGAAGUAAAAUUGCAGCACCCUUAGAUUGUAUCUGAGUGAUACCCAAAUGCAGACAGAGAGGGUCGGGUUUUUUUUUUUUUUUAGCAUUGGUACCAUUUGUCCUGACGAUGCAAUUUCCAGAAGCAGAGGACUGUCACGAAGUGACAAGCCUGCCACUAGCACUUCCACUGAUCUUUUCAAUUAGCCUUCCAUGCAUGAUCUGGGGCGACUUCCGCCUAUUUCCAGAAAUUAAACUCAAACUUGACGUGCAUCUAGUUUUAUUUUUAAAGACAAAUGUCAGGGAGGCUCAUCAUAUUUUCCUCCUCUUCUAUAUUUGGAGCUUAUUUAUUGCUAAGAAGCCAGAGCUCCUGCAAGUGGAUGUAUUAGCAGUCUGAGAACACAGUCAGCUCUUCUCCAGGGGAACACAUUCUGGAACUGAACCUGCAGGUUGGGGAUUUUAAUCAACUAACUGCUAAUAACUCAUUAAGGCAUUCACCAAAAAAGGGAUGGCAUCAUAAGGCAAUGUCUGCAGAAGAAUUUAAUGGUAUUUAUAAAAUGGGUUAAAGUAGAUUAGCCUUAGAUUACUAAAAGAUCCUAAAAUGCAGAUCUGGUAUUAUUUAUUUCUGUUAGUGACAUAUAGUGGGGUUUGGCCAGAGAUACAAUGUAUCCUAUAACCCACUUAGUCUAUAUCUCCAUCUCUUCAGUCUUCGUCUGAUGGGGUAACUUGAAACAGGAAAAUUGUGGCGUUUCCCUUCAACGGAAAAUAUAUAUUUGCUUACUUGAUUAUAUUUCUGUUUGCGAUAAAAAAAAAAAAAUAUAUGUUGAAGAAUUUAUUUUUUAAUGACUUAAAUAUUGGAUUGUAUUCAUUGACGGGAUUAUAGAGGAGGUGUUUUUUUUUCCGUUCUGAAUUAGGAAUAAAUGAAGAAAAUUAGUCAGAUUUUUUUUUAAUGAUGGUCUUUUUUUAUGGUUUGGAGUUAAUCUCCUUUGGUUAGAUUUUUUGUGAUUGUUUUGUAAAUAUGUUAGCUCCUUAGUCUGGUUUUAUAAUGUGGGCAAUUCGUUAGCUACUGUGUCUGUUGUGCUGCCUUUAGUUUGUAUUUUAUAUUUUAUUUCUGUUUUCGUUUAUUGUGAUUAAUAUUAUUUUUGUUAUUGUUUUGUAUUAACAUUGUUAUUUUUUGGGGGGGAUGUGAAAGUGGUGGCAAUGGGUUGGAUGGGUGAUUGGCUGUAUGAAGUUUCAGUAGCAUCCCAAGCAUGUAAAUCCUUUCUGUCCCCAGGUCACAGUGGAGUUAACCAGCUUGGUGGAGUGUUUGUGAACGGUAGACCUUUGCCAGAUUCUACCAGACAAAAAAUUGUUGAGCUGGCUCACAGUGGAGCAAGACCUUGUGAUAUCUCCAGAAUACUCCAGGUGAACAGGCUUAGUGCCUUCAAACUCCCCUUACUAGCUUUGGCUACAAUGUUGCAACCCAUCUGUCACUUACACUGUAAACAUUCUACCAAAAUAAAUAUUGUUCCAUCUGUUUGAAAAACAAUAUACAUCUGCUUAAACAAUGUAUAUGUAGCGAUUCAAAUAGACGCUUUUAUAUGGGCACUGUAAUAGCUGUUUUAUAUCUUUGAUUUUGUUGUAAUAGCAUAGUAAUUGGCAUGAGUAAGUGUUUCCCUGUGCCUGAAAGCAUAUCCCUGUAUGGUGUGGCUCUUAAAUAAUCGCCCUCAUUAUGAAAUUCAUUAAAUUUAGAAUAGUAUAAUAUAUAUAUUUUUUUCUGUAUUAUGUUAAUUAUUAGCUAAGCCGUUGGCAUUUUUUAAGUCAUAAUAAUAUAUAUAUAAUUUAACUGUUUUUUUUAAUUAUAUAUAUUUAUAGAUUUAUAUAUUUCUUAGUUUGUAGGGCCACAAAAAUGUAAUUUUAAGAAAAAGUUCUCAUACCAUUUAAGGUAUAUUUUUGUAUUAUAGAGCCAUGCAGAUGCAAAAGGCCAAGUACUGGAUAGUCAAAACGUAAGCUGUCAUUGUUUAAUGCAUAUUAUAACAUUGUAUCACUGUCUUGAAAUUAUUAAUAAUGUGAUUUGUUGUCAUUCUCUCUAUUCAGGUGUCCAACGGGUGUGUGAGUAAGAUUUUGGGGAGAUAUUACGAGACUGGAUCCAUCAGACCCAGGGCAAUCGGGGGCAGUAAGCCUAGAGUGGCAACGCCAGAGGUGGUUAGCAAGAUUGCUCAGUAUAAGAGGGAGUGCCCAUCCAUUUUUGCUUGGGAAAUUCGAGACAGGUUGCUGUCUGAGGGAGUCUGUACCAACGACAACAUACCUAGUGUAAGUGAAACCUCUCAUGGGGGGGUCAUGGGGAGAGUCUCCGGGAAUUGGGAUACCUCUCCUUGGGAGGGGGGAUCAUGGAGAGAUACUCCAUUCAGGAAUUGGGGUACCUCUCCGGGGAUAAUGGGGAGAGUCUCCAGGAACUGGGUUACCUCUCCUUGGUGGGGGUGGGGGGGUAGGGGAAUUAAUGGGGAGAUACUCCAUUCAGGAAUUGGGGUACCUCUCCUGGGGGGAUCAUGGGGAGAGUCUCUAGGAAUUGGGGUACCUCUCCUGGGGGGUGGGGGGUCAUGGGGAGAGUCUCCAGGAAUGGGGAAGUUGGGGGUUGAGGGGUUAGGUAUUUUUUCUUGUAUUGUAUAACUGAACAGAAAGGGUUAACCUGUAUUAGCAGAGAAUCCUUGUGAUUCGGAACCUGAUACUUAGUUGCUGGGGAAGUUAAUGUGCAUUAAUUCUUCUUUAGAAUGCUCUGCAAUGCCUUGGGCUUGGUUCUGGCACUCAAAAGGUUAAAAUAUUAACAAUAAUAAUAAUAAUAAUAAUAAUGACAACAGCAUAUUUAAGAUAUUAAUUCAUAUUUUAGGUGGUAGAUAAAUUGUUUAUGAAUGAAUGGGUUAAAAUGCAAAUAAAUGAAGAAUAUAGAAUAUUAUUAGUGUCAUGAUUUAUUAUUAUUAUUUUCUUAUUAAUAUUCAUUAUUAUUAUUAUUUUCUUAUUAUUAAUAUUUAAUAUUAUUAUGAUGCCAUUUUCGAGGCUGGGUUUGCUGAAAGUAAGCAGGAGAGUUGGUAGCUGGGCCCCUAGGGGCCGCCUUGCGGAUGCUGUAUGUCGCGAUAUGACUGGAGCUAUCGCGAUUUGUCUUACAGGUAUCAUCCAUAAACAGAGUCCUCCGCAACCUGGCGAGCGAAAAGCAACAGAUGGGCGCAGAUGGCAUGUAUGACAAGCUGAGGAUGCUGAAUGGGCAGACUGGCACCUGGGGUACCCGGCCUGGGUGGUACCCGGGCACAUCAGUGCCAGGUCAGCCUACACAGGGUAAAUACAUGGGCUAUCUGUAUACUGUACUGGUAUGGGGGAAGGAGAGGGCCAGCAUUGAAACAGAUACAUAGACAGACAGAGAGAGACAGACAGACAGACAAAGAGACAGAUAGAUAGAUAGAUAGAUAGAUAGAUAGAUAGAUAGAUAGAUAGAUAGAUAAUGGAUAGAUAGAUAGAUAGAUAGAUAGAUAAUGGAUAGAUAGAUAGAUAGAUAGAUAAUGGAUGGAUAGAUAGAUAGAUAGAGAGAGAGAGAGAUAGACAGAUAGAUAGAUAGAUAGAUAGAUAGACAGAUAGAUAGAAUUACCCACUGCUUUUCAUUGUGUUGUUUAUAGUAAAUAAUAAAUAUAAAUCUUAGAUGAUUGUGUUAAAUAGAAUGAUGUAAUGCAGUAAGUUACAAUGUGAGUUUAUUUGGUGAUAUCAAUGUAUCUUUAGUUCGGCUGCAGCCGGUAAAUGUAAAGGAAGUCUGUCUGUCUGUCUGUCUGGAACGAUUUAUCGAUAAUUUAUAUCGUUAUAGUUACACAUUGGACAAAUACACGAUAUCGAUUUAGUGAUUAAACAACAGAUCAGGUAUGCACCCACACAAUAUAAUAAUAAUAAUAAUAUAAUAAUAAUAAUAAUAUAAUAAAAAAACAAGUAAAUGUAGCCAGUUAUUCUCACCAACACAAUGCACACCGCUUUCAAUUAACAUUUUAAAAUCCUCAAUAGAACCUUAGUAAAUAUUACAGUCUGCUCGCACUGUUUCAGGCGAUGUUUGGUCUUACUGGCCGAUACUGUAACAGGGUUUGUCCGAUGGGGAGAGUGACAGUAUAUCAGGAGUAAUAUAGCAUUAAUGGGGCACUAUAUGCUGAGUACUGGCAGUUCUACAAGUGGUGGUGGGGUACUAUGGGUAGCUGGGGGCAGUAUUUGUAUUGCUGUGGUGGGGGUGGGGUACUAUGGGUAGCUGGGGGCAGUAUUUGUAUUGCUGUGGUGGGGUACCUGGUGGUAGCUGGGGCAGUAUUUGGUAUUGCUGUGGGGUGGGGUACUAUGGGUAGCUGGGGCAGUAUUGCUGUGGUGGGGGUGGGGUGGGUAUUUGUUGUGGGGUACUAUGGUUAGCUUAUUUGUAUUGCUGUGGUGGGGGUGGGUACUAUGGUAGCUGGGGGCAAUAUUUGUAUUGCUGUGGUGGGGUGGGGUACUAUGGUUAGCUGGGGGCAGUAUUUGUAUUGCUGUGGUGGGGGUGGGGUACUAUGGGUAGCUGGGGGCAGUAUUUGUAUUGCUGUGGUGGUGGUGGCUUACUAUGGGUAGCUGGGGGCAGUAUUUGUAUUGCUGUGGUGAUGGUUGUGGGUUCUAGGGGUAAUUGUGUGCAGUAUUUGUAUUGCUGUGGUGGUCGGGUGGAGGGUGUGUGCAGAUUUUAUUUGGAUGUAUUGUGGGGCACUAUCUCUGCUGAAGGGUUGGUGGGGCAGUAUGCCUAUUGCUGGGGCAGUAAAGCAGUGUUUCUGCCUCUGGGGUGUCUGUUGUUGGAGCAGUAUGCCUAUUGCUAAGGGUAGUGGGCACUGGGCAGUAUGUCUGUUGUUAGUAUCUGUUGGCGUGGGAGGCACUCUAUUUCUGAAGCAGUGGGGGGGGGGGCAGAAGCUGAAUAUUAGUAUUUGUGGGGGGGGCAGUUGUUUUUUCUAAUGGUGAUGUCAUUAAUAGACUGCAGUGUUGAUUUUUGGGUGAUAGCUCUAUCACGAUCUAUAUGGAGAUAGGAAGGGAUAUUUUCUGUACAAGGGGUGGAUAGAAUCGAUGCAUAGAGUGUAGCCAUAUUCCAAUGGGGCAGUAUCUCUCCUGCAGUUGUGGUGGAGAUUAGUUCUAAUAUAUUGUGGCAGAACACCAAAGGCUUUAUUUGUGCUGCAUUGAUAGGAGGGUAACAUUUCUGAGACAGGAUUUGCUGCGAUGUUGUGGUGGUGAUGGUGGGGUGCUAUUUUUGUUACAGUGUUUUGAAGUAAUAUUUCAUAGUGGGCAGCUUUGAUACCGAACUCCAUGGUCUGUGGGGCAGUGUAGUAUUUGACGCUCAGUGGUUAUGGUAAGUAAUUUAGGAUUUGUGGGACAGCGUAGUAUUAGCUAUAGCUGUAAUAUAUAAUGCCGCAAAGCUUUAGGUUUAAUAUAUAAUGCCCCAUGGGUGUAGGUGUAAUAGAUUAGUACCUAUAGCUGGAGGGCAGUAUCUCAGGACCAGUAGAUGUGGGGCACCUUACCCUGUGGGGCUAUAUAUUACACUUUCACAUGUGGGGCAAUAUAUUACACCUUCACCUGUGGGGCAAUAUAUAUCUCACCUUCCCCUGUAGGGUAAUAUAUCACACCUUCCUCUGUAGGGUAAUAUAUUACACCUUCCCCUAUAGGGUAAUAUAUCACACCUCCUCCUGUAGGGUAAUAUUUGAGAGGUAAUACUGAAGUCUCACUCUUAGCAGAUACACACUCACUGACAGCAGUUGGCUAUCGCAGAGUGAGAGCUGUAUUUACUAAUCUCUGCCAAUAUUUGGCAUUAACUAUAUAUUUGUUAUGAUUGUAACAAUGGAACAGUUUGGGGCAGGAGAGGGGGCUAUUAUCCCCCCUCCCCCCCCCCGUCACCUCCUCCCAGACUAGGUGCAAUAAUCUGAACCUGUCUCUGGCCAGCUUUACCAGGGUUCCCGAAUAGGAAGCCCAAUAUCUACCACAAUGGAUGUUUCUGUCACACACAAGAAUUUGUUAUGGGAACAAUUCUGUCGCUAUGUAGCUGCUCAUUAGAGAUCGUUUUGUUUCUCAUUAAGGAGACAUGAAUAAGCGUCUAGUUGGAUGGGACAUCUGCAGAAACGUUUCACAGGAGACCUCUGGACACGAUACGGCCCUGCUUGCCAAUUAGAGAUGUCAGGGUUUUAAGAUUAGGAACAAUAUAGGAAGCCUGGAAGAUGGGAAGGUGAUCCUUAUACAAAGUGUCAGCCCAUCUCUGGAUACCGGGGGCCCCAGGCAGGGCAGGGCAGGGCUGCCUAUUCAGCUGUGAGGGGAUAUAAUAUUGGGACAGUGCGAUAUUCCAGAGAUAAAUGGGAUCAGCAGGAUGGCUGUACAACGUGUUACACACUCACAGGGUAUGGGGGGGUUACAUUGUAACAGUGUGUAGGUACUAACAGGUCAUUCAAACCGCAACAAUACUACAAGGUCGCAUUGUAUAUCAAUAGGAGAGAGAGAGGGAGAGAGAGAAAGAGAGAGAGGGAAAGGGAGAGAGAGAGAGAAAGAGAGAGAGGGAGGGAAAGGGAGAGGGAGAGGGAGAGAGAGAGAGAAAGAGAGAGGGGGGAAGGGAGAUAGAGGGAGAGAGAGGGAAAGGGAGAGAGAGGGAGGAAGGGAGAGAGAGAGAAAGAGAGGGGAGUGAGUGGGGAGAGAGAGGGGGAUAGAGAGAGAGACAGAGAGGUAGAGAGAGACUGAGCGAGAGAGGGAUAGGGAGAAAAAAAGAGAGGGAGAGAGUGAGGGGGAGAGGAAGAGAGAGAGAGGGGGAGAGAGUGAGAGGUAGAGUGAGAUGGGGAGAGGGAGGGAGAGAGAGAGAGAGAGGGGAUAGAAGGAGAGAGGGAAAGAGGGAGAGAGGAAGAGAGAGAGAGAGAGAAGGAGGGAGAGACAGAGAGUGAGGGAGAGAGAGAGAGAGUGAAGGAGAUAAAGAGGGAGAGAGAUGCAUUCUCUCACAUUCUAUUUAGAAUUUCCAUUGCAUGUUCUGUGAAUCUCAAUCAGUCUUUUAGAAUGUAAUAUUUAGAAGGCAACUGUUUCCGGUUUACCAUGCUGGGCUCUAUUUACUAAAUAGCGAGUUUAUAACAGGAAAAACCAAAGAGAUAAACGUUGGGGGGAAAUCUGCAAAUCGACCGAACUGUUGCUACUCUGCAAACUGACUGUAUCAGACACCAUACUGAAUAUAAUGGGCUCUGGACUCGCUGAUCACUGGUCCCCAGGAGUAAUAUAGGCCAGACCAGCAAUUAAAGUGUUAAGUGUGUUACAUCCUGUCAUAGCAACAUUGUGCCCUCAUUCACUUUGUCUAUAAAUGGAGAUAUUCAGUUAUAUAAAUUUAUAUGAGACUCUAUGUUUCAGGAAAGCAGGUUAUCUCUGUAGAUAAAUAGGUUAAGUUUCAAAUCAAACCCUUGGAUACCGUUAACCCCUGGGGUGCUGGAGUCUCCAACCAUUGCUCCACUGGCACAGAAAGGAUUAAAACAUUUUUUUUUUUUUUGAAUCUCAUGGGCGAAUUAAUUAAGUGAGCACUUCCACAUUAAACCCUCACUGACCGAAGGAUGGGGACAUCAUCGAAUUUUAUUGGGGGUUAAUUCGCUAAAUAUUUAUUGUGAAUUCUAAGUAAAUUCGGUGAUUUAUAACAUUUAAAGUUAUUGCAGCCGAACGGAAAGCAUGGCUUAUUUGUAGAAUUUCUCCUGUUUGUUUUUUUCGGCCUUAAUUCAAAUUAAUUUAGAAUCCACCUUUAAUUCCCGACAAUCCGCACUUUACUGAAUAACUGCUAGAUGUGAAAAGUUUAAAAAAAAUUGUUCAAAUUGUCCAGAGGGAAAAAUAAUCUUUUUUCCUAAUUCCAUUAUAUUCGGUUUGUUGGCGGCUGAGCCGAUUCUGUAACAAACUACCAGAUUUAUUUAAUAUAUUGAAAUCAAACCAGUGUUUUUAUGUCCAGUGUAUUUUUUUAUUUUUUUUUUUUUAAUCAAGCCGAUUUCGGUAGAAUUAAUAAUAUAGUUUUUGUGAAUAUAUUUAAAAUAAUUAUUUAUUUAUUCAUUUUACAAUAAUAUUUUAUUCAUUUAUAUUUAAAGGUGAAUUGAAAACUGCCCUUUUGAUUUGACAAUAAAAUUCGUAGUUCGGUUCAUUCUUAAAGUUUUCUAAUUUCUGAAAUAUUAUUUCUGCUCAAACGAUAAAAUAUAUAUAGCGGAUAUUUGUUGUAUUCUACAAUUAAACGUACUUCAUUAUCACUAUCUACUAUGAAAUUAAAAUGGGAAUUAAAUGUAACUUAAAUAUAAAAAUAUAUAUUAUAAUUAAAUUUAAACAGUAAAUGUUAAUUAGGAAUAUAUUAUUAUUUCUACAUACAAAUACACAAUGCGAUGUCACACUAAUAUAAUCCAAAAAUCUAAUUCCUAUCAGUAACACACACACCUGUUAGUAAAUAUUUACAUUAUUUGUUUAUAAAAAUGGGAUAAUUUACUGAUUUAUUUUAAAUCUCAGAAUAAACAGUAGUAUCUUAUAGCCCCAGGGCUGCUAAUUCAAAUCAAGACAAGCAUUAAUGUUAUAAAACUUAAAUUACAUAGAAAUCGGCCAUAGAUACAAUGCUGGGAUUAAUUUUACAUUUUAAUUAAAUCUAUUUAAGGAUUAAUUUGCUAAAUAUGGAAUGUAUCCCGGUGGAUCUCCCCUGUACUAUUCCUCUCUCCCAAUAAUGUGCUUUUUGUUGCCCAGAAUGGUUGCCAGAGCUGUAGAGCCAUUACUCAGGAAAGCAUAAGCCAAGGGCUAGGUCUCAGAGGGGGCAAAUAUGGUCCCAAUAUUAGCAACACCAUUGCAACAAUGGCUGCAAUAAUUGACACACAAGACUUGACAGGACAAACAGAGACAUCUCGGUCUGGGGGGAAAUUCUCCAGCGAUUUAGUGGUUUUAGAGAUCACUGAGAUACUUUUUCUCAUCUUUUUUUUCUUUCUUUCUCUCUUAUAAGACUAAAGCCCUCUAUAGGAUUUAAAAAAAUUCUCUUUUGACCAGAUGCUUCUCAUGUUUUGAUCCCAUCUCCCAGCUGAAAUGUGCAGGAUUCGUUCCUUGCUUCUGCUUGUUUUCUGCUUCACUGAUUGAGACACUAAGAAACCCAGGAAUGAUUUUAUUUCUCAGAGUCAGACCCCCAUCCCCAAAUCCCACAGUUCGCGUCAGAUGGUCUGGCUAUAGGAUAAUAAGAGUACAUUCACUCUCCCUUUUAGGGAUUAGGACUGGAGGGAGGGACAGGGGAUUGAGAAAGUCUCUCCGAGUUUAUAUACAGACCUUAAAAAAGAUCUUCACUGAGUGUCGUUUGUUGAUUUUUUGUAAUUCAAUAUGAGAACUCCACACACUGGCAUUAUCUCAUGUCACAAAACAUCCUUAAGGGGUUAAAGGGGACUAUAGGCCUGUUUUAUUGAUGUGGCUAGAUUAACCCCUCUAGUACUGGGAAGGUGUACACAAAAUACCCAGUUCUGGCAGCAAGGGGUUAAUGCAAUUUGCAUGAGAGCAAUGGAAUGUAUUUAACUAGAGGGGCUAGCUAUUAACCAUUGCAAGCAUGUUUAACUCCAUAUGGCACUUCUUAACACUUUGACUGCCAAACCUUGCAACCAUGGUAUAUUAGCAUUAGUAUUUGCAACUGUAUUCUAUAAUUCCUGUAAGGGUGUGCAUGACAGAGGUGGAGGUAGGUGGCUGUUCUAGGCCAUAUUUAUUCAGUAGUAUCCCUGUACAAUAUGGGAGUGAACAGGUAGAGUUCAUCUGUUGGGCAAAGUCUAUUUAAAUGUAUUAAAUUCUUCACAGAGAGUCCUGAUAUGUCGUUGGUUCUGAAUGUGUUAAGGGAACCCACUAUGGGUUUCUAUAAAACCUUUGUAUCCAUCUAUCAGCAAGGGCCAAUCUGGUAUGGAGGGCAAUGACCAUACAGUGGGGGUUUAUUUACUAAACAGCAGUUUAAGGUGAGCAGAGACCCAGUCUGUACAUUUUGGGGUCAGUAAUUCAGAGUGACUGGACUGGAUUUAAAAAAAAUAAAAAAAUGUUUUUGUACAUUUCUAUUUAGUGUCUGACUAAUAAGUAGAUCACAACCUUACCAUGAAUUGUAUUCUUUUUUUUCUUGUUAAACAGUGAGAUUUCAAGCUUUCAUUAAAUUGAAUCAUUUACAUGCUGCCAGAAAAAUAGCUAGAGUCCCUUAUAUUUUCUAUGUUCUGUUUUAUAUAAAUUAAUUUAUCUCCAUAUAAAUGCACAGAUAUCUUCACACCUGCACCUCUGGAAUCAUGUUAGAGAUAUCUGAUGUAAUGUGACUAUUUAUUAAUAAACAUAAUAUUAAUAAUGACCAUAAUAAUAAUAAUGAUAAUAAUAAUGAUAAACAUAAUAAUAAUAAUGAUGAUGAUGAUGAUGAUGAUGAGGAUGAUGAUAAUAAUAAUCUUAAUAAAAGCAGGGUUCCCACACAACCACCCAAAUGCCUAUAACUACUAUUCCAGUAUUCAUUAUUACAAUUAUAAUUUUACAUAUAUGGCCUAAAAGCUUACAUAGGCCUACGAGAUGAUAUUCUGGGGUGCAAUCACUAAAAGGUUUUGGUGACUUGUGAACAAACUAGAAUAAUUUAGGAUUUAAUUUCAGAACUGCAAAAAAAAAACAACCAAAAAAUCAAAUUGUCAGAGUUUUUUUCCAACUCAUUCUUUUUUGUCCUACAUUUGUCUGUUGACAAUUCCCCACAAUUCGCUGUUUAGUAAAUAGAUCCCCUCUCCAUGUCAUCCCCUCGUAAUGUGAAAGUUAAUGUCCACCUGUUUCUAUAUUGUGUUGAGAAAAAAACUCUUUAAAGUAUCACAGCCCACUUAAUCAAUUAAACCCACUCUAGACUUUGCCACCAAAACACUCCAAAUGCCACACAUCAGAUUGGAAGAGUAAAUAGGAGAAGUUUUAGGCUAAUAUGUGAGAUGAAGCUUAGCUAAUCUUAAGUGAGCACUUUCUUCCUAAUGCUGCUGUGUAAAUAGCUUGAGAGUGUAUGGAGUUGCCCCAUUGACAAAUUUAGGUGUUAUUUUCCCUCUCUGGUCCUAAAGAAAGUUAAAAAAAAAAUCCCAUAUAGCUAUGAGUAGGCCAACUCUGAGGACAGUGAUUAAUGAUAGACAGAGCAUAAAGGUUAACAUACUUCAUUGCAAAGUCUGUUGACUGGACCCCUUGUGACACAAUGUAGGUCUCUACAAACUUCAAGAGAAUCCUUUUGUCUAGGCCUCUCUGAUUGUGUCUUCAAAAUUCUGCCCACGAAAGUUUGCCAACCCUCCUGUUCCAAGUGUUUAAUAGUUUCUCUUACGCUGAUGGUAUUGUGUCUUUUUGAAAGGCAGCCCCUUUACCAUUCAAGUGUUGGUGGCAAUCUCAAUAGUGCUACAGACCUCCAUAUGCUAGCCACUGUAGUUGAAUCCAACUGUUUGAAAUGUUUUAAAACCCCAAACAUUCCCUUCCCAUUUAAACUGUUUGAAAAGAUUCCCAAUUCCUUUCACUCACAAUUCUCUUAACCCUUAGAAGGCACCACUAUUGUGCAAUGAUCCCACUCUGAAGUCAAUUCCCACCAUAUUUAAACAGAGAAAAUAUUACUUCUGCCAAGCAAAGAGAAUUUCAAUCGUCAAUUGUAUUUUUUUUCCCCAUUUAUUUUAGUAUUUAGCGCUUUGUUUUCAAAACAGCCCUAAAAUAAUUGGUUCACACUAUCCAUAAUAUACUUUAUAAAGUCAAAUUUCUCGUUGCUUUACAAUAGCAGUAAUCAUUAGUACCGUUGCAUUUAGUCGUUUCUUUUCUAUUAAUAUUUAUUAGUAUUUUAAUUGUUUUUUGUUGGGUGAGGUGAUAUUUUACCCACCUUUAUGAAUGAUCAAAAUAAGUUAAAAAAAUAAAAUAAAUCUAUAUUUUACAUUCUAAUAUAUAGGAUAGUAACAGUGACUUAUUUUAAAUUAAAAAAAAAUAUUCAGUGCAUUAAUUAAAUAUAUUUUAAAUUUGAUAUGUAUAUGGUUAGUUAGUUACUGAAGUCACUACAAUCUGUACUCAAAUUAUAUGGUAUUUUUUUUCAAGAAAUCAUACUUUUCAGCAACAUAUUACAAAGAAUGGACAGUCCCUUUAUCUAAAUAUAAAAUCCCAUUUUGUGCAAUUAUAGGCUGCUCUUCGUGAUGAUAUAAUUACAACUGUGCUCUGUAAUAGGUGUCAAGAAAAUGCAGGAUCAUACAAUAGUUGAAUAAAAUUGUAGAACAAUAGGAAUACUUCUAAAUUCAGAACCUCUAAAAUGAAAUUGACUGUGCGGAAUUCAAAUAAAAAAAACUAGAUAAAUAUUUCUUUUAAACAUUGCAAGCUUGGUUUGAGACUUCAUUAGCAUUUCCAACAUUUAAUUGAUUACAAUUAAUGAUUAUAGCUGAGUAAGUUAAAAUAAAAACCUGUAGUAUAUUUUUGUUUUUGUUUUUAAAUAUUUUUUGUUUAACAUUUUAUUAAUUGCUACAUACAAGUGGUCUAACUGGAAACUUGUAACAUUUUUUUUUUAAACACAAAUGUUCACAUUGUGAAGGUACGAGCAAGUUGCUAUGGAAAAUAACUAGUUAGCUAGCUUAGUCUACCAUUGCCAUGAGAGCAAAUGUACUAUUUUGUGAGUUUUUCUAGAAUACGAAGGGUAUUUUCACUACAAAGAACAUUGGGGCGACCUGAGAACCCACAGUGACAUAGGUGGAAAAGUAGAUUUAUUAUGAAGUGAAUGAACCCCUAAAUCAGGGCUGUGCAACCUGCAUCCCCCAAGAUGUUGCUGAACUACAACUCCCAUGAUUCCCUGGCUAUCUGUUUCAUUGAAAGAAUCAUGGGAGUUGUAGUUCAGCAACAUCUGGGGGGCCGCAGGUUGGACAGUCCUGCCCUAAAUUAUUAAUGAUAACCUUUUGAGGUAUGUGAAAAACCUAUUGAAAUGUUAACGUAUUUUCUAUGUAAAAUAUUUUAUUAUUAUUACUAUGUUUUGUUUUGAACAUAAUGGUGACACUUGCCCAAUAUAAUGUGAAUUGGUUUACUUCACUAAAUUGCACGUGUUUUUGCAUUUCAGAUGGAUGUCCGCAGCCAGAAGGAGGGGCGGAAAAUACAAAUUCCAUCAGCUCCAAUGGGGAAGAUUCGGAUGAGGCUCAGAUGAGACUUCAGUUGAAAAGAAAGCUUCAAAGAAAUAGAACUUCGUUUACCCAGGAACAAAUAGAGGCUUUAGAAAAAGGUGCGUAUUCAUCGAUGUUAAUAUAGUGUAAACAAGAAAUAAACUAACUAAAGAACGCAUUGUGAUAAAACGAGAUCAAAACUGCAACGUUUAGGCCAAAAUACCAGAGUUGAAAUAUAAUAACUCCAACCUAGAUAAUUUAAAGAUUUUAGUCCCCUUGGCUAAAUUAUCCUAAAUUUUGCAAGUCUUAACAUAUAGUUAUUUAUUGAAUAGAGCCCAUAAUCUCCCUACUUAGCAUACAUAUGUAUUGUAUUAUUGCAAUUAGUACACGUAGAAAGUGAUCGGGUCUUAAAAUUUAGAAAACGAUGAAUUUCCCUGCUGCUGUCUUUGAAAAAAAUAAAUAGAAAUAAAACAAUUGGCAGCAUUAUUCUGAGCUUUUCUAGCAGUUAGUUAAAAUAAUAUUAGAGGAAGAGGUCAUCUUUCUUUGCUACUAGAAUUUUUUAAGAAGUGGAUUUUGAAAUAUUUGUAAUGUACAGUAAAUGAAAUUUAUCAUCUUAGACACUACACAGAAUACCAGCAAUGCUAAUGGAUUUGUAAAAAAUGUUUUAUAGUGUAAAAGACAAAACUUACAAAAUUACAAAGCUUUAAGUCAGUGCUUGCUUGAAUACAUAUGCCAAUGUGUAUUCAAGCAAGCAAUACAGGGGUAUUAUAGCCACCAAAACAACUUUAUCUUAAUGAAGCAGUUUUUGUGUAUAUAGAUUAUGCCCCUGCAGUCUCACUACUCAAUUCUUUGCCAUUUAGAAGUUAAAUCAUUCUUGUAUCUGUCCAUGCAUCUCUAGCCACAACAUUCCUGAACGUGACUCAAAGUCUACAUGGAAAAAAUGGGUUAUUUUUAAUUUAAUCUUAACUGACUUUACUCUUAGCACUAUAUUAAAUUUUAAUCACACACAGGAGGCUCUUGCAUGCUCUAGAAGGUAUUUAACAGAGCAGGAGAUAAGAAAUUCCAAGUUAUAUGGAUUGUGCAAAAAAAAAGAAGUUUAAACAUUAGAUCUCGCUUUACAGGAAGUGUUUUGAAAGGCUGUGUAAGUCACAUGCAAGGGGGUGUGGCUAGGGCUGCAUAAACAAAGUGAUUUAACUCUAAGAUGGCAGAUAAUUUAGACAGUGAGAUUGCUGGGGCAUGUUCUAUACACCAUAUCAGCUUCAUUAAGCUAUUUUGUUUGGUGACUAUAGUGUCCCUAAAUGCCAUUUAGAGUUAAACGUUUUACCCAUUAAGGACAAACGUUUGUUCUAUAUUGUAGAUCUGUGCCAUUCAGCAGGAAUGUUGUAAGGUUCUACAGAGCUACAGAUUCUAAAUAAGUUGGGUUCAUGGAUCAGAUUGUCACGCCAGCUUGUUAAGUGAUUGGCUGUAGGAAGUAGAUAAUUGUAAAAUUGUAUCCUGCAGGUAUAGGACUCUGCAGACUUAAGUUGUGAAACUCGGUAUAGCAUGUAUAAAUGGCAGUAAAUAUAUUAUUGAAAGUAAAAUUCAUAUUCUUAGCUAGAUGUGUGUUUCUAAAGGAUUACGGAUCAUUUUAAAUAAGAGACAGUUCCUUUUUUUAUUUUUAUUUUUUUUCCUAUAAUUUCUCGUUAUUAACCUGCUCAUCCAUAUGCUUUCAGAAUUCGAACGGACCCAUUAUCCCGAUGUGUUUGCCAGAGAAAGAUUAGCUGCCAAAAUAGACUUGCCAGAAGCGAGGAUACAGGUAACUGUUACUAUGUAAUUAAAUAUGAUGUUUGACCCCAAGUGUAAACUGCAUUUCAUUUAUUUCCAAGCAAACCAGUCAUUUGGAUAUGAGACGCAGACCCUACAAACGUAUAUCUCUAUUUAUAGGAAUCACAAUGGGUGUCGGAAGAAAGGGGGAGGUGGAUUCUUUUAGAAAACAGACCUUCGCACUAUUCCGUUACUCCUCAACAUGAAUUUAUGUAUAUGUGGCUUGGCGUGGAGAAUAAACAGUGUGUGUGUGUAUUGUUUCUCAUAGGUAUGGUUCUCUAAUCGACGGGCAAAAUGGCGAAGAGAGGAAAAACUGCGCAAUCAGAGAAGACAAGCCAGUAACACGCCAAGUCAUAUUCCCAUAAGCAGCAGUUUCAGCACCAGUGUCUAUCAACCAAUUCCGCAACCCACCACGCCAGGUGAGGGGUCCAGACUGUCCAUACGACCAGUGUUAAUGUGUAGAAUCCUGUCUAUGGCAAUAUUCUAAAAGGGAAACAAUCACCACCGAUACCAAUGAGAUGUUCCUGUUUAUUGUUCUCUCUUUAGAAUAUUGUCCCAGAAUUGAGCUUGACAUAUUUACUCCCAGUCUUCGUCUGAGACAUUCCCUAAGCUCUGGAUAGUUAUCGUGUUUCCUUUGUUCUUUCCUGCAGUCUCCUCAUUCACAUCAGGCUCCAUGCUGGGAAGAACAGACACAGCUCUGACAAACUCAUACAGUGCUUUACCACCCAUGCCCAGCUUCACAAUGGCAAACAACCUGCCUAUGCAAGUGAGUACACUAAUAGCUGAAAAAUCCCAGCUUAACCAGCAUUUUACUUGUUUAAUGUUAUAUAUCGUGCAUACGGAUUAUUGAUUGUAGGUGUAAUAUAGCACAAUGAUUGAGUCCUUUAAUGGCCAUUUAAUAAGAUUUUAAAUGAGGUCCAAGGAGGGACCAACAUAGUUGACCUGUAAUGCAAAAUGAACCAGCACUAAAUUAUUAAAAAGUGUGGUGAGUGCUUCAUAUAUUCUCAUUGUUCUAAGUAACUUUUAAAUGCACCAGAUGAUGUUGGUCCAUAGGGGCAGGUGGGUAGCAACACCCAAGUUUUUACUGCAAAAAUAAAUAAAUAAACAAACAACUAUUUUGGCAUUGUAAGAACAACUGAUAAGUGAGUUAGAAAAACAUGUUUGUCAUGAUUGUAACAGCUGUUUUUAUCCCCCUCGUUAUUAAUAACUGGAGAUGCAGCUGUUUUUAAAAGGACCUGGGAUUCCAUGAGGUUAAGUGGGUAAAACCCUAGAAUUCGGGGUGGGGGAGCACCCGCUCAUCUUUAAACGUCAUCAACCACCACUGAGAAGCACUGAGGCAUAACAUGAAAGUAAAACGAUAGCCAUUCUCCUAGGAGUUAUGCAAAUAAUUGUAUUUGGGGAUCAAUGUUCCGUAGUUUUUCCAGUUGCAUUUUCUCCAUCUAAAAGGUCCUUCUAAUGUUUAUUAAAUAAUAAAAUAUAUAAUAUAGCCAAAAAAAUAAAAAAAUAUCAAGGAAAUUGCACAUUUUAAGCCAAAUCGGGCAAACAGCUGUAUAUAUAUAUAUAUAUAUAUAUAUAUAUAUAUAUAUAUAUAUAUAUAUAUAUAUAUAUAUAUAUAUAUAUAUAUAUAUAUUUAUUUAUUUUACAAUUUGGCAAUUACUGGCUUAAAUUUACAAUUCCUUUGUCAACACAUAAGAAAUACAAGCUUAGUAAAUAACCCCGCCAGUCUCAAAGCAUGGUUUCAUUGCUUGAUUUUAGACCACACGGUUCACUUACUGAGCAAACUGUAGUGAAAGUGAAAACGGAUUUGUAAGAUUUGUGCUAAAAUAGUGACGUUCUAUUUGGUUAGAAUUGGUAAGUGUUUUGCAGGACCGUGAGCAGAUAUUUCUACAAGGGCUCACUUUCUUGCAAAUCUAUCUAUUUUAUAUAUUUGGAGAAAUAAUUUUUGAAACUUUACUAAAUACUCUCGUUGGAAUCAAUAUGAAUCACACCUCUGAUGUGCAAUGACCUGUUAUGAGAGAGAGAUGCACACUAACACAGUUUAUUCUUUGUCACAAUAUGGGUUUUGAUUUAUCUUUAGCAGAAAUCCUAUCCUGUGCCGUGAUCACAAUUCUAUUCAAAAUUGACAUAUAGCAAUGUAUAUUUGUGGUGUUAGCAUCUAUCAAGCCAUUCAUUCUGCUUGAUAAAACAAACUGGAAGGUCAAGCUGUCCAGAUUAAAUUUCUUUCGACUAGAAAAAAAGCCCACAAGCCCACAAAACAUUGGCAGUUUCAUUCAGAACACAACGACAAUAUGUCAAUUUUCCAUAGAACACAUUAACUGUAUGCUGGUAGACAGAAUAUUUUCAUUAUAUAUCUAUCUGCAAUUUAAUAUCCAUUCAAUCAUAUCGUCCCCAUGUACUAAGAGACUAAUAUAAGCACAACCAUAAAACCCAUGUGUGCGCACAAAUAAUUAUUUUAUUUAGAUCUAAAACACUAUAAUCCUGAACAUCGUGAUUAAAGUGAACCGUAUAGGAACAGGUUCAGUUAGCAAUUUAACUUGCCCCAUUCAGUGCAUGUAGCACAACCAGCACAUGUUGUGUUCAAUUUCUUGCAACUUUAUUACUAAUGCAAACAAAGCACAAACUAUUUAUAAUGAUCGCCCUCUUUGCAAACGUUUUACAGCAGACACCGGCUAAUUACAUUUUCAUUCAGGCUACUGAUGCUUUGAGUGUUGUUGGGCUAUUUUCUAGCUAUGCACUCCAGAAAUCAGUAGAAUAUACAGUAUUUAUAACUAGCUAUUCUGUCACAAUGCAUCAUUGGUUUCAUUUUGUAUUUUGUUGCCUUUAUAUUUUAUUUUUAUUUUUUUUAGCGCUAAUACUUUUUAGAACAAGAUGACAAUUCUAUUUAGAACAACGAUGAUUCAAGAUUUUUCUUUACCCUUCCCACCCCUCCUAAAAAACCCAAACAUUAUAAUUUACAUCUCGGCAUGGUUGGCAUUAUUAUAAACCGAAGCUCCACCCACAUCCCCACCACAAAAUAAGAUCCAUUUCACUGUAGAAGUAGUGUCAGUGACACAUACACACAUUCACAACCUUUGGAACUGUGAGAGUGCGUGUAAAUACAAAAUAUCAGUGCAUUUAUCACCCUCUGGCUUUCAAAGGGUUCCCAAACAUGCGCACACAAGCACAUCUCUCUUAUAUUAAGUCCCAGACGGGCAGAUGUUGGAUACAGGAGGUGCAGUGAUUGUGUUUAAUUCACAAAUUUCACUGAGUAGUAAUUUGAAUUUUCUUUCUUCUUCCAGCCCCCUGUACCCAGCCAGGCAUCCACCUAUUCAUGCAUGCUACCCACAAGUCCAUCUGUAAAUGGGCGGAGCUAUGAUACAUACACACCUCCCCACAUGCAGACACACAUGAACAGCCAGCCAAUGGGUACAUCUGGCACGAACUCUACAGGUAGGAAUUAGUUUGUUUUACCCCCUUUGACACAUCGCAUACACAGCCACCUGUGAGUGGGUUUAUCCACACAUAUCCACACACUACAGUGCCAAUUUAAUGUAGUGUUUGUUCUGCUACAACCCCCCAGCAUCCAAUAUAUAAAAAAAAAAUUAAUAAAUAUAAACACUUGAAUGUCACACUUUCUACAGCAUGAGAUAUAAACAGUCAGAGUUCUAACCACAAGACACCCAACGCUUCAUGUCUCCAUGACAAGAGCCAUUGUGGCAGAGACGCUUACGUCAGCCUCAAAGAGCUUUGACCUCCAACCCAAUUCUGUAGCUACAAAUAACUGCGAAUGGCACUGGAGACAUUAUUUUUCAGAGUGAGUUCCCAGGCAAAAUGAAUAACCGUUGUGUUUAGAACUCUGCAAAUUAACCAAUAUAUAAAUUGUAUCAAUCUAAUCAUCUAUGAUGAUCUAAAUGAUGACGAACCUGAGAGUGCAUGAUUUAUACACUUAAAGCAAAAACAGACUUUUUCACAAUAUCAAGUAAUAACGACUAUUGUUUUUAUCACAGGUCUCAUUUCCCCUGGAGUGUCAGUCCCAGUACAAGUACCCGGCAGUGAGCCUGACAUGUCUCAAUACUGGCCAAGACUACAGUAA